AUGGAGCAGAAGAAGCGAAAAGAAGAAAGGAGGAUGGGUUUGGAGAGACUGCCCAGCAGCUUAUUGAUAGAGGAAGUUCUGCUCAAGUUGGAAAUAGAGGCUCUGUGCUCAGUUUCAUGCGUUAACAAAGCCAUGAGCUUCUCAGUCUCUCAGGCCCUGCCUUUACUCUCGUCUAUCAAUCUCUCUGGGCCUCCACAGCCUCACCCUAAAUUGUCUCCACCUUGA